AUGUUGAGGAGCCAAAGUAGUUUGAAUUUAAGUGAUGAGAGGAAGCCGAGAUCUGGAGGAUUCUUGUCUUCUUGGAGAAGUCGCAAGAGUCUCAUUGGAGAAGCCGAUAAGACCACUGACGAGCAAGUUUCGAAGCGCGGUCCCUUAAGCGCGUCUGUCUCGUCAAUGGACUUGAAUAGCCAGAGAAGAAUAGAUAAUUCACACUCGAAGAAUUACAGCUCAAAAGUUGCCAGAGAAAGACAAGGUAUAGAGGAUAAGGAAAAUAUACCCGUGAAUAUGUUACUAAAGAGUCCCAUGGAUAGAGUUUCUCAGCAAAGCUCUUCUUCAAGGACCAUACGUCCAAGAUCCAGUGCACCUUCAUUGAACAGAUCAAAAAGAAACUCUGUACAUCUUGGUAGUGGAACAAGUCACUUUUCGAUAUCUUCACCUAGAUUGAGAAGUGUACGAUCGUUUAAUCUCGCUUCUUCGAAUGACUCUUCUAGCGUCAUUAAAGAGGAAGAUGCUUCUGUUCUUUCUCCUUCAUCACAAGAUACUCAUAGUACAACUGACUCACUCAUGGAAGAAUCGAUAUCUCCCUUUGUAGACUCAGAGAAUGAUUAUGUUUUAGAAAAUGAUGGCCAAAAUGAGAUCUCAGAUAUAAAAUUAGGCAAAUUUCGCCGAACGUCCAAUCUCCAAAAUAUUAAUGAGUUCUUUAAGCUGCUCAAUCCCUCAAAUGAAAAGCUUCCUCUUGUGAAUAGGAAAUCAUUAGAUUUCGAGCAAUGUGAAAUUAAGAAUAUUUUGAAAACUUUAAAUGAAGACCAUGGAUAUGUAUUUAGCAUGAAGUUGGUUGAAAAUGCCCUUUUCCUUACAGUUCAGGAUCAACCAUUGGAUACUGUCGCUAAUGAUAGCGGUGAUAAAAGUUUUGAAAAAGAAUUGAAUAAUACUGACUAUUUAAACGUUCUCAGGGAGGAACCGUAUCAUGAGAUUGACAAUUUUUCAGUCAUGAUUUAA